CCGGUAUAAUUAUAACCUAGAAACCCUUACUUUUCGAGAAAUCAUUUAAUUAUUCGAUCAAUCAUAGACAGGUCUGCUAUUCUCACGCACGAGAUGAGAAACUCGAAUGUCUCAAUGAUAAAAUAAUAUAUUGACAAAUGUAAAUAAGUAAAAUUGUUGGCUGAUAACAUAGCAGUUGAUUCAGUCUCGGCGUUCGGGAGCUCGGACUCGAGCCAGUAUUGGACAGUGCGGAGCCGGAAGACAAUUUUUCUCCGUAAAAUAAAUAAUUGUAGAAAUAUUUUUUAAUAUAACUAGUGCUAUGGACCGAUUAUUAGCAGUGAAAUUACUCACCAGAGUAAAUGCUGCACGAGGUGCAGCGACAAAGCAGUUUCACAGUUCUGUGAGGCUUCUAAGCGCCAAGGAUUCCUCAUCGUCAUCAUCAUCAGAUUCCUCAGACUCUGAUGCCGUCAAGCCAAUUAAGAUUAAACAACCGAAACAACGAGACGAAGCUGCGAAGCAGCAGACGGUUGACUUGUUGAAUGAAUUGAUGGCAAAAAUGAAUCAAGAAAACUUGGUGAAUAGAACGAUUGACCUAGCGUUGCCGAUCAAGAAACCACCGCCGAAAAAAGUCAAGGAAGUAACUCUGGAGGAAAAAAUCAAAUCAGCAGCGAAAGAUGUUGCACAGUCUCUUGGAGGUGAUGUACAAAAGAGAGAAGAAGAGCUGCUCGAUAAAAUAUUUUCAGCUGGGACUCCACCACCUCCUCCAGUCCUACCUAUUCCACCUGUUAAAAAAUCCAAAAAGAAAAAGAAGCAGAAACAAACUACAAUGCAAAGGGAGGCUCAGAAAAUAGAAGCGGAGACUGUGAAGCUUGAAGAUGUGUUUGAUAAAAAGGAAUUGGAGGUUGAAAAGAAGGAAACUGUCACUGCGAAAACAGUGAAACAUCCGGAGAAAAAGGAAGAGGUGCCUGAGCCUUCUUUGAGCGAAUUGCUAGCCGCCAUGAAAAUCGACAGAACUCCCAAGAAAUUUUUGGAAGAUGAAGAUCUUCCCCUCGUUAGGGCGGGGAAAAUCCAAGAACUGGCGCGCAAAUUCAAGCCUAAGGAUGGAGCUCAUGAUAUUCAGAGAUUCGCAGAUCGAGCACGAAGGGAAGUCGUAACAGAUUUAUACGCUGGAAAACCCUUCGGUAUUUUUGAUGGUACGGCUGUCUCGUCCAAAUCGUGGACCACGAAAUUAGAUACUUGGGAGGCAUUGGAAAAGCAAACGUUGAAGCUAAUGACAACACAUCCUCCGGAAAACUACUUCGAGGAGAUGAUUCAGUGGACACAACGAGGAAUUCUUUGGAAGUUUCCUAUUGACAAUGAGAUAGGUAUGGAAGAAGAACACAACGUUCACUUCUCCGAGCACGUUUUUCUCGAGAGGCACAUAAAUGACUGGUGUCCGACGAAGGGACCGAUCCGCCACUUCAUGGAACUAGUUUGCACUGGGCUGUCUAAAAACCCAUAUAUGACGGUGGAGGAGAAAAAAGAGCACAUUAUGUGGUUUAAGAACUACUUCGGUGAUAAACAACAGAUGCUGAAGGAUAUUGGUGCUAUUGAUCGGGAUAUACUGCCGGCGGGGGAAUCCCAGAAGCAGAUACAGGCUUGAAAUAUUUGUUAAUUUGUAAAGAAUCACCUUUACUGAAUAAAGAAUAGCUAUUA